CGGCCCGGCGGGGCGGGGCGACGGGAGCUUCGCGCGCCGCCGAGGGAGGGGAGGCAGCCCCCAGCGCGCCGCUCCCCCUCCGAGGCCGGUUCCCCCGGUGGCGGGCGCCUGCUAACUCGUCUCCCCUCCGCGUCUCCCGCAAGGUCCGGCAGCGGUGCGCGAGGCGGAAGGCCCGGCGGCAUGGCCCGGCGGCGGCGGGCCCCGCUCGCCCUCCCCGGCUCCCCGUACUCGGUGGUGGUGGUGCAGGAGGGCUACUCCCGGGCGCAGCCGGACGGCUCCACCCUCGCGGACGGGACGGUGUCGCUGGUCCUGGGGCCGCGCCUCACCUUGGUGGACACGGGCGGGCCGUGGGGCCGGGAGCGGUUGCUGGCGGGCCUGGCGGCGCAAGGGGUAUCACCGGGCGACGUGCGCCACGUGGUGUGCACCCACGGCCACUCGGACCACGCCGGCAACCUCAACCUCUUCCCUGCGGCGGAGCUGAUCGUGGGCACGGACGUCUGCCAGCCGGGGGGGCGCUACCUUCCCACGGGGCUGCGCCGCGGAGCUCCCUACCCUCUCCACGCCGGGCAUCUGGAAGUGCUGCCCACUCCCGGCCACACGGGGAGCGACGUCAGCCUGCUGGUGCUGGGCACCGCCUUGGGGAACGUGGUGGUGGCUGGAGACCUUUUCGAGCACCAAGACGACGAGGGGGAGUGGGCGGCUCUGAGCGAAGAUCCUGCCCGGCAGGCGGAGAGCCGGGCCCGUGUCCUGGGCAUCGCUGACGUCAUUGUCCCUGGCCACGGGGCUCCGUUCCAGGUCUUCAGGGAGGGCACAGAUGCAGGGCGGAAGGUGCCCCAUCCCUCGGCUGAUGGGAAUGCUGAAUAAAGGGUUGA